AUGUCGUCCAAGGAACCCCAGAGCGCUGUUCCCCCCGGCAGCAAAGGCUCAUGGACUAGUUUCCUCAAGUCCAUCGCCUCGUUCAACGGUGAUCUCUCUUCCCUGACAGCUCCUCCUUUUAUCUUGUCUACAACUUCCCUCACCGAGUACUCCGCCUACUGGGCCGAGCACCCCGCCGUCUUCGUCGCCCCCGCUAAGGAGUCGGAUCCUGAGAAGCGAGCCCUCCUCGUUCUGAAAUGGUUCCUGACUACUCUGCACCAGCAGUACUGCAGUCGCAGUGAGAAGCUCGGUAGUGAGAAGAAGCCGUUGAACCCAUUCCUAGGCGAGCUGUUCAUUGGAAAGUGGCAAGGCGACGAGGACGUCGGCGAGACACAGUUGGUCAGCGAACAAGUCAGUCACCAUCCACCCGCGACUGCAUAUGCAAUCUCCAACGAGAAACACGGAGUUGAGCUACAAGGAUACAAUGCCCAGAAAGCAUCCUUCUCUAGCACCAUCCAAAUUAAGCAGAUCGGCCAUGCCCUGUACACCCUCUCCUUACCCGGUUCCGAAGAAAAGGAGCGCUACCUCAUUACGCUCCCCAACCUGCACAUCGAGUCUCUAAUUUACGGUACACCAUUUGUCGAGCUCGAAAAGACCGCCAAAAUUGCCAGCAGCAGUGGAUACGUCUCCAAAAUUGAUUUCUCCGGUAAGGGAUGGCUAAGUGGUAAGAAGAACACCUUCACCGCUAGCCUGUACAAGGCCAGCGAAGGAGAAAAGAAGCCCAUUUACACAGUCGAUGGUCAAUGGUCAAAGAACUUCCAGAUUAAGAAGACCGGCUCCAAGGAUGUGAUUGAUACUUGGGUCGUCGAGGAAAACCAAACUACCCCGCUUAGCCUAGCCCCACUCGAAGAGCAGGAUCUGUAUGAGAGUCGUAAGGCUUGGAAGGAUGUUGCGGAGAACAUCCAAAGUGGUAACAUGGAUGCUGUCUCCGCACACAAAUCGCGCAUCGAGAAUGCCCAACGUGAUCUCCGCCGCGCAGAGAAGGCCGAAAACCGCGACUGGGAGCGUCGCUUCUUCGGCCGCGUUGAGCCGAAGGACGACGAUGCCGCUGUUCAACAGCUGGCUCGCUCUCUGGAUCUGUCUCCUGAUCUCGAUGGGGAGAAGACCGGCGGACUUUGGCGCUUCGACGCGUCCCGCGCUGCGGGGGCCAAGCCACCCUACCACAAGGUUGGUCCCGAGGGGCUGGGCCUCUCCGAGUAG